AUGACCGUCAAUAAUCUGGAGUGCAGUAUAUGUUUGCAAAAUUUUAUUCAUCCCGCACAAUUGCCCUGCGGUCACAUAUUUUGUUUUCUGUGCAUAAAGGGUUGCGCCUUUCAUAGACGAAAGUGUCCUAUGUGCCGCAGUAGAUUUUCCUCACGUUUUUUCGAUGAUCCCAAGCUUAUAAAUGUUUGGGAUAUCCGUGAAAAAGAUCAACUGGAAAUAAACCAACUAGUCGAUUCAUGCGAACGUCUGUCAUUACAACUACAACCAGUGAGUGAAUCGAACUCGAAUCAGCCGUCAGAUUAUGCGUGGUUCUAUGAAGGUUUUCAAGGUUGGUGGCAGUAUGAUGAACGUACAUGUAAUGAGUUGGAGAAUGCAUAUCGUAAACAACUACCUUCUCAUGAAUUAACGAUUGCAGGGUAUAUUUACUUUAUUGAUCUCAAGAAUAUGACUCAGAUACGCAAAGAUCGGUCUGGGCGUCUUCGUCGAAUCAAGCGGGAUUUAGUUAGCUGUGAAAAGAAAGGUAUUGCUGGAAUAAGGCUUUGUACAAUUCAGUCUUCUAGCAGUAGCACAGCUCCAACAACAUCCGAACAAACAAACAAUCAGGAAAACAACACUUCUAACACUAAGAAGCCUGACAGCUUGUGUAAUUCUCCUUCUGGUUCAUCAUGUUUAUCACCUCCAAACGCCGAAUGCUUACAGCGUAACUCUCAUCCUCAAGCCAGAGAAGUAUUGCGUGCAAGUCGGUCUCAUACAUCACAUGCAGUUGAAAGUACAACUGUCUUGACGUACUUACCUGAUGCCUGCAGAUCCGUUUCAUCUGGACCCCGUAACCAUAGUGAUUCAAGUUCCUCUUCAAGGGAACCACGCAGUCAACACCUUCAAAAGAACUCUUAG